GGCGGAAGUGACGCAGCGGUGCGGCGGAGCACGUUAGCUUUCACUGCAAACAUGUAAAGAAAAAGAAUCAGAAGAAAGACAACAAAACAUAAACACUAAUUUGCACCCAGAUGGAGAACUACAGCAAGGUCCGCAGCGUGGAGCAUCCGUCUGUAUGUCCUUUCAGCGUGCCCGCCGAUACACCGGAGGUGCGGGUCAAAGAUGGCAGCAAGAUCCGUAACCUGUUACGCUUCGCCCUGGGCCGCAUGGAGGCCAAACCCAAGGUAGACGAGGAGGGAGAAGAGGUAAGCGAGGCAGACCGCGGUCCGCCGGGACCUCCCGCCCGGCCCCUCUGCCGCCAGCUGGUGUUCACGGCGAGCGGCAAGGGCGUAUCCAAAGCUAUCACGUGCGCCGAGCUGGUAAAAAAGCGCAUUCGCGGCCUUCAUCAGCAGACCUCGUUGGCCAGCAACACGCUAACGGACGUGUGGGAGCCCCUGGAGCCGGCCGCCGGCCUCGACGGCCUCACCGUCAGCAGAAAGCUGCCCGUCAUUUGGAUUCUCCUUUCUAAGGACCCUCUGGACCAAAGCCUUCCCGGGUACCAAGCGCCCGGACGCUGUGAUAACUUGUGGCCCGGUGAGGAGAAAGAAGAGGCGGGGCCGUACAAGAGGAAGAGGGGCACCGGCAGAGGCGGGGGAGGCAGAGGAAGGGGUGGAGGGCGCCACGCGGGACGUCCUCGGGACAUUUACGCACCAUGCUGAUAAAAAAAAAGAAAAAAAAAAAACAUUAUGAGUGACUCCUUGUAAUUUGGCUGCCAAAAAGGAGUUAAAAUGAAUGCAAAUACAGAGCCUCAAUUUUUUAUGUUGACAGUUUGGACCCAAAAGUCAAUGUCAGACUUUCCGCUAGAUGGCGACAGCGAGCUUCCGAAAUCCAACAUUUAUGUUAUUUUGAACGCCUUACUGGACAGUGCAUAUACAAUAAAAUACAUCAUGUGAUUAAUCAAAAUCUGGCCGGCAUAUUAAUGUUCUGUGACUUAACUUUGGUUUCUGAUGUCAU